UCUCCGUCCGGGAGCAAGCAACCCUGCCUGCGAGAUGUCACUUUCCGGAGUUGGCCCCACGGCAGAACGGCUCCGCAAAAUCGUGGGUUUUUCUCCGGUCUCCGGUAAACUAAUCCCACAAGUGAAGAAGCCACGUCGGUGCGUGGUGGUUACGAUUACUUGCGGGGCGGCAUCGUCUUCUCUUCCAUCUCACGCGCUCCCGUGUUCAGACUAGUCUCUGGGGCGGGCGGGCGGAGCUCAGAUCCCCGGCGAGCGGAUUCCAGAUCGAGAAAGGCCCAGCUCGAAGGAAGAAAGAAUGGUGAAAGAUGUCCAUGAGCCACGAAAUGGCGUUUCUCUGAAUAGUUCAUCUUCGCAAAGUAUCGUUAAUUCAGAAAAGGUUUGUCGUGGACAAAUUCCAGAGUUGACAUGGGAACACAAGCUAAGCCAUGUUAGAUAUGAUUUGCCGUCAUUCGGACUUACAUGGAGGGAAGUACGGCAGAUGGCUGGUCUUGGUUUACGUCUUGGUCGACACAUCCUUGAAGAAACUUCAAAAGGACGAACUGCUAUUAUUGAUCCCAUGAAGAAGCGCACUGCAAGAUCUGGUCAGGGUGUUCCACUUGGAGGCAUUGGUGCAGGAAGUAUUGGAAGAAGCUGCAAAGGUGAGUUUCAACGCUGGCAAUUGUUCCCAGGAGCUUGUGAAGAUAAGCCAGUAAUGGCAAAUCAAUUUUCUGCCUUCAUUUCCCGCAAAGACGGUAGAAAAUAUUCUACAGUGUUGCAUCCUGGGAAACCGGAUUUGCCAAAAGGAACUAACAUUUCAGGAAUUGGAUCCUGGGAUUGGAAUCUGAACGGAGAGAAAUGUACUUAUCAUGCACUUUACCCUAGGGCCUGGACCAUUUAUGAUGGAGAACCCGACCCAGAUCUCAAGAUAGUGUGCCGUCAGAUUUCUCCAAUUAUUCCACACAAUUAUCAACAGAGCAGCUAUCCUGCUGCAGUAUUCACUUUCACAGUAACUAAUUCAGGAAACACAGCUGCUGAUGUGACUUUGCUUUUUACAUGGGCUAACUCUGUUGGUGGAAAAUCUGAACUCACAGGAUGUCAUUCUAACUCUAGUAUGACAGAAAAGGAUGGCGUGCAUGGUAUACUGUUACACCACAGAACAGCUGAUGGACGGCCACCAGUAACUUUCGCCAUAGCUGCACAAGAGAAAGAGGAUAUUCAUAUCUCUGAAUGCCCUUACUUUGUGAUGUCCGCUAGCUCUGAUGAAUUCACAGCAAAAGAUAUGUGGAAUUCAGUGAAAGAGCAUGGAUCUUUUGAUCUUCUUGAUCCCGUCAAAGAAUCGAUGUCCUCCAGACCAGGAACAUCAAUAGGAGCAGCUAUUGCAGCUUCAGUUAAGCUUGCUCCCCAGGCAACCCAGAAUGUUUCAUUUUCACUUGCAUGGGCUUCCCCUGAAGUAAAGUUCUGCAGUGGAAAAACCUACCAUAGGCGUUAUACAAAAUUCUAUGGCACAGAUGUUGAUGCAGCUGCAAGCCUUGCCCAUGAUGCCAUUCUUGACCAUAGUUCCUGGGAAAUGCAAAUUGAGGAUUGGCAGCAUCCUAUUUUGCAAGACAAGAGGUUUCCUGCAUGGUAUCCUGUCACACUAUUCAAUGAACUUUAUUAUCUUAAUGCUGGAGGAACUAUAUGGACAGAUGGAUUGCCACCAAUUCAAAGCUUAACAGCAAUUGGGGGGAAAAAGUUUUCUCUUGACAUGUCAAAUGGAGAAACAGAUGAUGACAGUGAGAUGAACCCACAGACUAAUACUGCCACCGAUAUUCUUCAUCAAAUGGCAUCAGUACUUGAGAGAAUUCAUGCAUCUCUUGCAUCAAAUUCUGCUAUAGGGACAACUUUGCUUCAGGGUGAAGAGAACAUUGGCCAAUUUCUCUACCUUGAGGGAAUAGAAUACUAUAUGUGGAACACAUAUGAUGUUCAUUUCUAUUCAUCUUUUUCACUUAUCAUGCUAUUUCCAAAACUUCAACUCAGUGUUCAGAGAGACUUCGCUGCCGCUGUCAUGAUGCACGACCCUGAAAAGCUCAAGCUCCUACAUGAUGGAAAAUUGGCUGCAAGAAAAGUUCUUGGAGCUGUUCCUCACGAUCUUGGUCUAUAUGACCCUUGGAUCAAAGUGAACGCGUACACACUCCAUAACACGGACCGGUGGAAGGACUUGAACCCAAAGUUUGUACUGCAAGUUUACAGAGAUGUUGUGGCCACAGGCGAUAAAUCCUUCGCCCGAGCUGUUUGGCCAUCUGUUUAUAUGGCGAUGGCAUAUAUGGAGCAAUUUGAUAAAGAUAAAGAUGGGAUGAUUGAAAACGAGGACUUUCCUGAUCAGACGUACGAUGUCUGGUCCAUGGCUGGUGUAAGCGCAUACUGUGGUGGUCUUUGGGUGGCUGCUCUUCAGGCUGCGUCGGCUUUGGCACACGAAGUUGGUGACAGAGCUUCUGAAAAGCUUUUCUGGAACAAGUAUGAGAAGGCUAAGUCUGUUUAUGACAAGAAGCUGUGGAACGGUUCUUACUUCAAUUAUGAUGAUGCUGGUACUAAAGCUAGCACCUCGAUUCAUGCUGAUCAGUUGGCUGGACAAUGGUAUGCCAAAGCCUGCGGCCUCUCCUCAAUUGUUGACAAGGACAAGUCACAAAGUGCACUUGAAAAGAUAUAUACUUUCAACGUAAUGAAAUUCAAGGAUGGUAACAGGGGAGCCAUCAAUGGGAUGUGGCCAGAUGGUACAUUGGACAUGUCCACAAUGCAAUCUAGGGAGAUAUGGCCAGGCGUGACAUACGCGCUUGCUGCAUCUAUGAUUCAAGAAGGCAUGGUUGAGGAGGGUUUCAAAACAGCUGAAGGAGUCUAUCAUGCUGCCUGGUCUCCAGAAGGGCUUGGAUAUGCAUUCCAAACUCCUGAAUCUUGGAACAAUGACGAUGAGUACCGGUCCUUGUGUUACAUGCGCCCACUCGCCAUAUGGGCGAUACAGUGGGCACUCUCAAACCCAAAGCUCCACAAGGAGCCUCAGACAGACAUAACACAAGAUUCUUUUCCGAAGAACCAGUUCUCAUAUGCACGAAUAGCGAAGCUCCUGCAGUUACCUGAAGAUGAGUCAUCCAAGAGCGUCCCUCGGGUUAUCUAUGAGAUAGUUCGGAACAGGUUUACUUCAUGAUAUAUGGGCCGCGACAUGACUGAAUGUUGAAUGCACUAUUGGAGCAACAUUGUUCAAUUUGGUUGUUGAUUGCGGAAACAUGUUAUUGGUCAGCACACAUUGUAUGGAGUUAAUGGUAAUAAAGGAUGAGAUCCGUGUAUGUAACCCAGAUGAAAAUAGUAUGUCACGUUGUUCUUCAGA